ACAACGCUAACGUCGCUAACGCAAUGAUCGCAACACAUUACUCAUGUUAUAUCUCCUAUUUCUAACCUAACGAGCAGCAUCUGCAUGUCAUUUAUAUAUAACACAUCAGCAGAGAGAGCCUGUCGGAGCUCAACACACAACUAAACAGCAGAAGCACAAAGGAUUGUUUUAUAUACAGUGUACAGGUCAAACCUAGAGAGCGGCAGUGUCCUCCCGAGAGGAAUUUUUAAUUUUUCUAUCAAGAAGUUCUGACCAAAAAACAUGCCACGAGGUAAAUUUGUCAAUCACAAAGGCAGGAAUCGACAUUUUACCAAUCCUGAAGAACUAGAGGAACAACGGAGACAGGAAGAAGAAAAGAAGAAAUGGAGGAAAACCCAAGAUUUAUCAACGAGUGAAGAUGAAGAAGAAGAUAAUAAGGCUGCUGGCGGCAAGAAAGGCUCCGAUGACUCUAGUGAUGAAAGUGAGAGUGAAUCUGAGUCGGAAACUGAAGAUGGAAAGAAGAAAGGAGUAGGAAGUUUAAUUCAAAUCGAAAAUCCAAAUAGGGUACAAAAAAAAGCAAAAAAGCUUUCGCAGCUAAAUGAGGUACUGGCAAAUGCUUCAAAGCCUGAAUUAUCUCGCCGAGAGAGAGAACAAUUAGAAAAGCAAAAAGCAGCGGCAAACUAUCAAAGGCUGCAUGCUGCCGGCAAAACAGACGAGGCGAGAGCGGAUCUGGCGCGAUUAGCUAUAAUUAAACAGCAGCGGGAAGAGGCUGCGAAAAGACGAGAGUUAGACAAGAAAACCAAGGAGCUUGCUACUCAGAAGCAAAAAGAAAUGACGCAAAAGGCUCUGGGAAAGCGAACUUAGACUCAAACCGUUUGAGACGGUAACCUCUUUGCACUUUUGGAUGCCUUGAUGAUCCAGAAAAAAAAAAAAAAAAAAAAAAAAAAA